CCUUUGCCAUUGGCGUUUAGCGGGUCACAUGGUGUGUCAGGAAGGUGAUAUGAGGGUGGAAGGCAGUUUUACAGCUUUGACAUACUACCUAGAAGGUUAGGGCAAAGGGAGCACCGAUUAAUGACUGCUCAGUCUUGAUCACUUCUGAACAAACAGAAGGCCUAGGUCCAGGAUGAACUCCUACUUAGAUUAUCCUGUGUGCAACAGGGGGGCAAAUAUAUUCAGUGCCAAGGCCGGAUAUCACAAUUUAAACCAUGGAUACAUGUCGUCCAACUCGUGCGCAACAAGUGAUAGUUACGCACCGGACGGGCGCUUAGUUGCAGCAACUUCUGCGCCCCACCAGACACCGAGCCUCCCUCUGCACCAUCAGACACACGUCAACUUGGACCUGCAGUUUUCAACACCUGGGAACUCCAUGUAUGGGUCACCGCUGGAGUACGGGCACCACCAGUACGGCCUUGCUCCCGAGCAGGACCGGAACUUCAUUCAUGCACAAGUUUCACCCCUUGGAACAAAUAUGGCCCCUUACACCGGGGACAGUUGUGGGCCUGGAGUCGCAACGGGCAGCCAGUAUCUGCAUUUUGGCACCGGAGACCAGAGGCAGCAAGAAUAUGCAGAGAGUGUUUACACAAGGCUACCGCCCAAAAAUAAGGAGAGGGAUUCAGAGCAUGUGGAGGAAGUGUCUCAAACAUUCGACUGGAUGAAAGUGAAGAGAAAUCCUCCGAAAACAGCCGUUCUGUCCGAGUACGGUGUUCCUGGCCAGCACAACGUGAUCCGCACCAACUUCACCACCAAGCAGCUGACCGAGCUGGAGAAAGAGUUCCACUUCAACAAAUACCUGACGCGGGCACGGCGGGUGGAAAUCGCCGCCAGUCUGGAGCUCAACGAGACGCAGGUGAAAAUUUGGUUUCAGAACCGCAGGAUGAAACAAAAGAAACGCGAGAAACUCGGCUGCGCGUUGGUCAACGCUCCCGCACCUGUGGAGAAACUCUCCGGCCCUGACAACUCUCCAAACGAAAAAGGCAAAGACCCUGAACCAUAA